AUGAAUACAGAUGAGAUACUAUCAUUCUACCGCUUAAAGUCAACCAACCCUCAAAGCUGGAAUAGAGAUGUUGUUGAUCUAGAAUUCAAUUACCCAGAGAGUGAAAAAAUCGCUGAUAAUCUUGAUCUGCUGAAGCGUUUAAUUGACCAUGAAACCUCCACCAAGACGAUACAAGACCCCAAAAACAACAACAAACUGAACACUGAAGAUCCUUUGGGAUUUCGUGCAUCGGUCUUAGAUGAAUUGAUUGAUAAUGAGGUCAUUGAUGACACCAGGGAUGACAAGAAGUUUGACUAUUUGAUUAGUAGCCAUAGGUUCAAGCCGGAUUUGUUUUUGAGGAACGUCCAUCCAAGUCUGUCCGCCUCUGAUCUGAAGCAAGGUCUAUCGUAUCUGGAACACGAUGUAAAAUCAAAGAACAAAGAUCUUCAGUUACAAAUUGAGUCUGAGUUUCUUGUUUAUAUCAAAUCCAAGAACUCUCUGGAUAGAAUUUUUAAACAAUUCGAUAACAUGAAGCUGAUAGGCAAAGGGGAUGCCAAUGGAGGAAAAGAGGCAGCAGUUGAUUAUUUGAAAAAUCUCAUCGAAGAAACAAUGGCUCGCUCCAACGAGCUUUUAAAACCAGUUCUAGAAGAAGCCAGAACUGAAACUGCAUUGAAGCACACUCUAGAAUAUAUUCAAAAGAAUAGCAUUAUUUUUGAUCUACCAAAAUCUUUGCAAAACUCCAUUCAAAAAAAUGAUUACAGCUCGUUCAUCUCUGAUUACAUUACCGCAAAGGAAUCAAAGGAGCGGUUGAUGGAUGAUGGGGAAGUUUCUGGUAUUCUUCUCCGAGUCUGGGAUCAAGUGGAACUUUUGGUUUCCAAUUUUCGGGAACUUUUGUGGGAUCAGCUAGUCGGCGUACAUCUGGAUGAAAUUGAUGAGAAAAGUAUCAACUAUACCAACUACAAUCACGAGCAGUCGGUGUUCCUUAAUCUGAUUAAUAAAUUACUAGAAAUAGGAGUUGAGGAUAGUCCAAUAAUGGGAUUUCUAGAAUGUCAAUUUGCAAAUCUUUCAAGGGAUAUAUUAUUUGAAGCAAACUCAAGUCAUUUGACCGUGUUAAUUAGAUCCCAAAAACGGCUGAAACAGAACUAUACCCAAACUGAAGAGUUGUUGUCUGAAGUUUUGGCUAACAAUGGUUUGAACUUUUUAACCAGCCAGCUCAAACAUGAAUCAAUUACCUACAACCAUUAUGAUAUUGAUCUCAAGCGACUAGAUUUGCCCUUGGUCAAUAGCAUGUGGGAACAAAUUGAAGAAUACAUUGGGUUCCUGACCAAUUUCUUGAACCAUGAACUAUUACUCUUUGUCUCCAUUUGUCAGUAUUUUAAGAAUGGUAAUUACCAGAAACAGAUUGCAAAGACUCAUCUUGUUGAUAGAAUUCCUCAAAACUCGAAAGCUCAUGUCCAAUUAACUGAAUCGGACAUGUUAAGAAUAAAUAUGAUGAUUGAGAAACUCAUUUACGAUGUUUGUAGUUGUCUGAAUCUCUUUUUUAAAAGCAAUGACGACACAUUGAUUGAGCUGACAGACCAAACAUCGAGAGAGCAAUUGGCCGAUAAAGACCUUCAGUACACGGGAAUUACAUCUGAUUUUGGGUUCAUUCCCUGCUUCAGUAAUGCCGUUUCGGCCCUGAAAUAUCUAAACAGAUUUCAAAAUAACUUGCUAGAUGUUUUCGCCAGGUUGUACCAGCAGAGUGAAUCUUGGGGAUUGAGACCUGACGUUCUGGAUCAGUUGAACUUGACAAACCUGAAAAUAAAUGGCAGAAUAAUCAGUGGUGUGCUUGCCUAUUUGAUAAACGAUGUAAAAGAAUUCUACAAAUUGGAGAAUUGGCAAACUUCCACCAUGCGCCAAGGUUGUACACUGAUGCCACUUAUGGUCCACUUUUAUUACAACAACAUUAUACGAGAUUUAAAAAACAUCGUCUUUGCUGUGACCCCCCAUGAAAAUACCUUCCAAGUCAUUGAACGUCAAUUACUCAAUUCUUUCCAACUUUUAGUGGAGAAUUUGCUUAAGAAAGGGUUAUACGAUUCCCAAACAAAUUCUUCUGAGCAAGACUUUUUUCAGAAGUCAAACGAGUACAAGCUUAUAACUUUAACAAAUCUUAUCAAGUUGAAGAGUUCCGUUUUUGUCGACGCUAUAAAACUAUACGACUCAUUAUUUGACAGGCAACUAUAUGACGACAAUUUGGAGAUAUUUGUUAAGCUGGACAAUCUGGAGCUGACUCUUUUCCAGAAUUACACUCUUUUGGGGAACCCAAUCAUUACAAAAAUUGUUAACAAAGGCAUUGACAGGAAAGAUUGGCAGACAGAGCAACCUCCAAAAGAUGUGAGUAGCUAUGCCCAUCAUCUGCUGAAUUUCUUAACGCUAGUGAAGACCAAGCUAUUGCGACUAGAUAUUCCCGAACAACUGGCCAACAGAAUUCUUGACUACUUUCACGAUUACAGUACCAAAAAGAUACUGGACUCAUUUAAUCGCAUUCACGAUUUUUCAACGUAUGGAUUGUAUCAAUGUUGUUGUGAUUUGGAUUAUCUUCAAAGACAAAUGGGCGCCCAUCUGAGCUCAGAAGGUGUUUCUCGAUUCAAAGUCAUUUAUGAUACAAUCAUCUCGCCUAAAAUCGAUGUGGCACAUGUCAAACACAGUGUUUCGGAAAUAGUGAAUAGAUAUAGCUGA